AUUUCCCAGCAUGCCAUAGCGCUUUGGCUGAUGUCAUUCCCGUGAUGUUGGAAGGCUGAAGUCUAGGCCGGGUUUGGGAGAGGCUGUGCUGGCUAGUCUGUCGGAGUGGAACCCCAAAUUUGGCCAUUGAGCGAAGAGUUGGAAGAUGGCCUCCAUGGAGGCAGUCCUGGACCCAGGGGACAGAGACCUGCUGGACUUUCUGAUUGAGGAAGGAGGAGAUCUGGGGGGAAUACCUGGGGAUGGGCAAGAUGUUUUGCAGGUUGAUGAGAUACUGCUUCCUGAGGUCCUGAGUGAGUGGGAUGUAGAAGAUUUUCUGAACUCUUUUCUGGAACCCUCCACCUCACCAUCCCCUCCAGACUCUUCUAGCUACAGUUUUAUUCACACUGAUCACACCUACUCCUUGAGCUGGAAUGUUCAAGCUUCCCCACAAGAUGAUGUUUACAUUGAUCUGGAUGAUAGAGAGCUCAGAGAUGUGGCUCAAGAAUCAAGGGUCUCCUUGCAAAUGGAAGAAAUGACAUUCAAGCAUGAAUUUCCUCCGUUGAUACUGACAGAUGAGGAGAAGAGACUGCUAGAGAAAGAAGGGUUGCCACUUCCUCAGACUCUCCCACUUACUAAGGCAGAGGAGCGAGCCUUGAAACGAGUUCGGAAGAAGAUUCGAAACAAACAAUCAGCUCAAGAAAGUAGAAGGAAAAGGAAAGUGUAUGUGGGAGGAUUGGAAAGCAGGGUCUUGGCUUGUACAGCCCAAAACUUGGAAUUACAGAAGAAAGUACAGCUCUUGGAGAAACAGAAUUUGUCCCUUUUGGAUCAGCUGAAGAAGUUCCAGGCUUUGGUAGCUGAGAUGACAACCAAAACCACCAGCAAUAGCACCUGCAUUGUGGUCCUGCUUUUCUCCUUCUGCCUCUUCCUCUUUCCUGCCAUUUAUCCCUCUGAGAUCCGGGGCGACCAACCAGCAGCUUUCAUGCUGUCUCGUCAGAUCCGUUCCAUUCCCAAUGAUGAUGAUCCCUCUCUUCUUCUGGAGUCACCUGCUUGGCUAAUAGAGAAAUCAGAAGUCACCUCCGAUCCAUCUGAAGCUAUAACUUCUCUGGCCUCAGGCAACUCUUCCUCUGAUUCUCCUGUUGGAACAAGUGUUGAACAGAUUCUAAAGCCACCAGAUCCAACACAUACUCCUCUUCUGCCCUUGGAGGCCAUAGAGAAGCAGGGCUGGACCCCCACCACACCCACCAUCAUUCUUCAUGGGCGGCACUCCAAUGAGAUGUGAUAUAGGAGCAGGAAUUAAGAUCUUGGACAGACUGAGUUGGGGAUAGGAAAUGCCAAAAUAUCAGAGAAAUGUUGUACAAAGUUUGAAUGGCUUGAUAUACAAACAUAUUAUCUUCUUAGGGCCCCAGGUUGUAGAUAGAAAAUAAAGCCUGUAAAUCUGAGGCUAGCCUCAGAUUUCAUAUUCAGAGAA